ACCAUGAUGAACUCGUGAAGCGCUCAUCGACCAACGAAGCGGAACUUGUAUUCUUCUCAUUAACUAUUCUUUGAUUUUUUAAAAGAUUUCUCAGGGUCGUGAGACUCCGAGCUGAUAAGUCGCCAAGAUGGUGAACAUUACGGAGAAGAUCAAGGAGAUUGAGGAUGAGAUGAGAAAGACUCAGAAAAACAAGGCAACUGAGUAUCAUCUGGGUCUCCUCAAGGGUAAACUCGCGCGUCUGAGAGCACAGCUUCUGGAGCCUGGUCCGGGGGCUGGAGGCGGCGGCGGGGCCGGUUUCGACGUCAGUAAAAGCGGUGAUGCCAGAAUAGCCCUCGUCGGCUUCCCCUCUGUCGGUAAAUCGACGUUCCUGUCCAAGGUGACGCGGACGAAAUCCGAGGUGGCCUCUUACUCCUUCACAACACUCACAGCCAUUCCGGGCGUCCUGGAGUACGGCGGCGCCGAGAUCCAGCUGCUCGAUCUGCCUGGUAUCAUCGAGGGCGCCGCCGAGGGCAAGGGCAGAGGAAGACAGGUCAUCUCGGCGGCCAAGACGAGCGACAUGAUCCUGAUGGUGCUGGACGCGACCAAGAAGGCAGAACAGCGGGCGCUACUCGAGGCUGAGCUGGAGGCCGUGGGCAUCCGUCUCAACAGAGAACCACCAAACAUCUACCUCAAGGCGAAAAAGGCCGGUGGCAUGAAGAUCACAUUCCAAAACCCGCCUAAAAACAUGGACGAGAAGAUGGUGUUCAACAUCUUGCGCGACUACAAGAUCCUCAACUGCGAGGUGCUCGUGCGCGACGAGUACGCGACAGUGGACGACCUCAUCGACGUCAUCAUGAAGGACCACCGCAAGUACAUCAAGUGCCUGUAUGUGUACAACAAGAUCGACAGCGUGUCGCUCGACUUCCUCGACAAGCUGGCGCGCGAGCCGCAGACGGUCGUCAUGAGUUGCGAGCUCGAUCUCGGCAUUCAGGACGUCGUCGACCGCUGCUGGGAAGAGCUCAAGCUCAUCCGCAUCUACACAAAGCGCAAGGGCUCCGACCCGGACUUUAGCGAGGCCCUCAUCGUGCGGAGCAACAGCAGCAUUGAGGACGUCUGCGAUCGUAUCCACAGGACGCUCAAGGACACCUUCAAGUACGCCCUCGUGUGGGGCGCGAGCGCCAGGCAUAUCCCGCAGAGAGUGGGACUCGGACACAUGGUGGCGGACGAGGACGUCGUCUACAUUGUGAGCGCAUGGAAGGCAUAGAACGAUGGCGUGGGGGAGGCAUGGAAGAUGAUAAAAGUUAAGGGCAACGAGGGUCUGUCUGUAUUUUCCUGCUCAGGCUGGACAACUAUGCGGGAGCCGAUAGGAUACAGUCCCUUUUCGAGAUCCCAGCCAUGAAAAGUAGUAGUAGUAGUAGUAGAAGAAGAAGCAAAAAAGGAAAAGCCU